UAGUUUUUUUUAAUACGUCAUAAAAAUAAAAAUAAUUUUUUUUUUUCAUCAAACAUAUACGUGUGGGGUAUCUAAGGAUAGGUCUUCAAAAAUGAUAUUUAGGUUUCUAAUAUCAUUUUUUUCUAAACUGAAUAGUUUGCGCGAGAGACACUUCCAAAGUGAAAAAAAGUGUGUCCCCCCCCCCCUGUAACUUCUAAAAUAACGGAAUGAAAAAUCUAAAAAAAAUAUAUGAUAUACAUUACCAUGCAAACUUCCAACGAAAAUUGGUUUGAACCAGAUCUAGUAAGUAGUUUUUUUAAUACGUCAUAAAUGGUACGGAACCCUUCAUGGGCGAGUCCGACUCGCACUUGGCCGCUUUUUUUUUAUAUGCAGAGAGGAAAAUGAGGACUACGUUUGUAUGGAGAAGCGGCCGUCCCCUUUCGUCUUAAUUUCUGUAACCGGCGGUCACGGCGGUCCAGGGUCCAUCUAAGUCAUCUAACCAAAGUGUGUCUACCAAUGUACAGUCAGCUGAAGAGUAUGUAAUAUAUAUAGGUAACAUAGUUAGUUUUGUUAUGUACUUUAGCGGAGGUUUCAGGUUUUUCCAGCUGACUGUAAAGAAAAACGGAAUAUCUACUAACCUAUUUGAUACGUACUUAAACCAAAGCAACGUUCUCAUAAAUCUUAGGCCAUGAAUAUGAUGAUUUGAUGAUAAUCCGUUCGCGCUUGCAAACAUCGCGCAAGUCAUUCUUCCGAAUCGCAAAUCUUUUGAUUGAAGUGCCGCGUAUUUAUUUUACGCAACGAAAAGAUACGCGGGGGCUACCGUGAACCCGGACCGACUCCUCGAGGAUCCGCCCCCGCGUCAGCUGAGCGCCCCUGCCCCGCGCGCCCCGGCCGCCAUCUUGCCCCAUCGCACCGCAGUCGAAACCCGCGCGAGCUACGAACUACAUGCGUUGUGUUGUCUCCCGCGGUGUUGUGCUCAACGAUAGCCAAUAACUUCUAGUAAACACAAAUAAAGUCGCGUGUGCUGCAUUGCUUGUGUCUGUGCCUUGUUCAGCGAGCCUGUGGAGUUGCGAGCGCUGGCCGGCGCGUCGGGGGCACUGACCGCGGACUCCGAGAGGACGGGAGCCGGCGCGGGAGCCGCGCCGUGCGGCAUGGAGGCCGGCGUCGCGGCCGCGCCCGCCCGCCGCGCGCCGCCGCCCGAGCGCUCCCCGGCGCGCUCCGGCCUGCACGUCAACUUCAGCGACAAGGGCGAGGUGAAGGAGCGGCGUGAGAAGUUCCUGACGGCCAAAUACGGCUCCCAUCAGAUGGCGCUGAUCCGUAAGCGACUCGCCGUCGAGAUGUGGCUCUACGACGAACUGCAGAAGCUCUACGAUGUGCCGAAGGAGGCGGCGGCGGCGGCGGCGGGGGCGGAGGUGGAGGUGGACGUGGACGAGCUGCUCGACAUGGACUCGGACGAGCUGCGGCGCGCGCACCUCGCGACGCUACUAGCGGAUGCCAAAAAGCCCCAAAAAGAUGUACAUAAUUUCAUCAACGAAUUGUUAGAUAAAGCGAAAACUCUGUAGGUUAAGAGAACGGAACCAAAUCUCAUCUGGCUCGCGCCGCGCCGCGCCGUGUAGUCAGGUAGGUGUCCAGCGGCCGCGCCUCCUCCGCCUCCUCCGCCUCCUCCGCCGCCGCCGUCAGUGCGCCGCCGCCGCCGGCCGCGUCGGUCCCGGCGCCGCUCCACGCCGGAACGGGAAACAUCCCCAUCUCUGACGCUGUAGAUAAUGCUGCAGCGCUGCACGUAAAUACGGAACGUCCGUUCAAAAAUAUUCUGAGUCGUUCAAACAUGCGCAUUAGAUUUCUAACUUUAAGUUGUGUACGCCCGAGCUGAAAAAUGUGGAAAAGUAUGCCCGGUCCGUCCUUAACGAGGUACUCCAUACCUACCUGAAAAGAAAAGCAAACGUGCAUUGCUGAUUUUAUACUUCCCCGGGCGUGUGAAGGUAGAUUUGUAACACAGUAAAAUUGAGCUGGGAUUGGCAAAAUUAUGCGACGGCUCCGAAAAUAACGAGUACGAUCGUGAGUUGUUAAAAUGCUUCAAGUUUUCGAAGGUUUAUCCCGUGUGACAAAUAUACAUUUACGCUUGUUGUUCCGAAGUACCUUCCGGGCCGCGUCGACCGCUGCAGCCGGGCGGGACACCGCCGGCGCCGGCGCAGGCAGCCCGUGUGACAUAUCACUAUCAGCGGCGCCGCCCCGCCCUCCCCCUCCCCCUCCCUCCCCCUCCCCCUCCCGUACGAUAUAAUCAUGUAUGAUAAGUACUCAGUCUAUUCUAGAUGUCGCCGUCUAGUCCGCAUGUUAUUCUAAUCUCAGUUGGCUAAUAUGGGAAAUACACAACUAAAACUUAAAAAUAAUGUACCUAUAAGUACUUACAUAUUUCAGUUAACAUUAUUUAUAACUAUGAACCUCCAAAAUAUUUUGUUGCAGUACAUCUUUUGUGACUUCUGAACUUUAUUACUGAGACAUAAAGAUAGUAAGGACGUGUUCAGAUCAUUUUCGUAUACCGUUAAUUAAACUCCACACAAAUAAAAUAACUUGUUUAGAUGAUUACCUAAACCACAGUGGCCAAUUGAGGUUAUAAUAAUAAAUAGGUAAUACUCAAUUACUCAUAGAUAGUUUAAAUGAAGGAGGGUCGACUAUACGUAAAUACAUACCAUAUAAGUAGCAUUUAUCUGUCCGUUGUGUAACGGAAUUGAUGUAACACUGGCCCCUGUGAUUCCUGUGAACCCAUAAUGUAAAGAUAAUUUAAGUAGUGUGGUCGGCAUGAUUUCGACACAUUUCUGUUACAGUUACGCCAGGCAAUGGCAUGAUUUUGAUACUUUGUCUUGUGAGCAAUAUUAUUGUGUUAUUUUUAUCAAAGCAAAAUAGUUUAUCAUAUAGUCUAUUUUAAACAAACUCACGAUAUUUGAUUAUUGUUUUAUUUGUAGCAUGCGAUAAAAGUAUUAAAACGGUUUUAUCCUAGUUUGUCAAGGGAAACCGUAUUAUUACUAGGCAUCGAAGUUUUAAUCGCACGGGAAGACUAAUAGCGAACUAUGGAGUUGACAUUAACAAUAAAAUUCAACUGAUCAUCAGAUCAUUCAUCUAUUUAAUUAUUGACUUCAAUUUUACAAUUAACUACAAGAGCGUUGACAUGUUCAUAAAACAACCUUUAAUUCUGUCUUUGAAAAUAUAAAUAUUACCUACAAAUAAGAAUGACCAUUUUUUGUAUUGAUUAUAUUACGAAAUUUUAUAAUAACAACAAUGCGGAUAUUAAGAGAUGUAUAAAUAAUAUGAAUAUAAAUUAAUAAAUACAAAACGAAAUGCCAUUAUUCUUAUUCGUAAUAUGUACUUAUGUCCUGAAAGUCAAAAUUAAAGGAUCGUUUACAAACUCGUUGACAUUCUUGUUCUUGAUUAUAAUCACUAAUUAAAUAAAUGAAUGAGUAUGAAUAUGAUUUUAAUUUUAUUGCUAAUGUCGACUGCGUAGCCAUAAAAACUCCGAUGCCUAAUUAUUACUUUUUCGAUGACACUGCAACUUUAAGUGUAACUAUUCGCGCUAACCAAACUACCGAUCUUACUAGAUUGAGCGCCAAUUGAAAUAUCAUAGAAAAAGCAAUCAGGGGUCUCCAUAGUUGAAGCGCGAGCCGAAAACCUGGCCCUCGACUGCAGUAGCAGCGAUAGACGACAAGUUUCGGCCCGCACUACAUGAACUACGUCCAAGGCAAAGUGGCCUUCGGGUCAAAAGUUUGGAGAUCCCUGAACUGAAUGUAAUAGUUUUAGGGCGGGGCCGGAGCCUCGUGUAACGACCUCUAGUAUUGUAGUGGCGAGCCGAGUUCUUGCUAUCGUGUCCUCGUAUUGUUAAUAUUUUGUAAAGGGCGACGCGCGUCGUGGCCGGACCCCCGGACUACAACCGGGGCAAACAGACGGGCGCGGGGCGAGGCGUUUUAAAUGAUAUUUGCUUGACCAAAAGAGUUAUUGAUUGCAAAAAGGUGUAAAAUGUAAUCUCCGCGUGUGAGUGAUGAGACGAGCCGCGAGCCAAGCCAAGAGACGCGUUGAUAUGUGAUUACAUUACACGUGGGCUCGUGGCUCGUCUCCAGAGAUGGGUAACAUUUAAUCGUAGCGAUGGUUAAAAGUGACCAUUCAUUAGUUUUUAAUCGACGAGUUGCGAUUAAAAUUAGGCGCCAUUAAAUAAAUCGUCAACUAAUUACCAGCGAUUAACGUUUUCAAUCGAUUAAGUAGUUGAUUAAUUUU